CGAACCGUUAUCCUAUAUAAACAAUGACAGACUUCGAAGCCACCACUCGAUAGAUAUGUCCUUUCAGCGACUCAUAGAUUCGUCUCUGGCUUCAGGGAUCGGCGCGGCAAAGUGGUUCGGGUUUGUUACCCGACUGAUCGAGAAGCGUACAGCUGGGGGAGACGAAGUCGCUAACGUUCACGAAGAGCUCUGGGCCGCUGUCCUCGAGACGGUGCACAAGUAUCGAGGAGUUUCCGCAACCCCCUUGGAUUACUUGCAAAGAACGCUACAAGCUGCAGAUAUACCGGCUGCUACUCUCUUGAGCCAGAUCCUGUAUUCUCGCCAAGAGCUGGACACAAGGACGUUCGACUCGAUCGCGGCCUGCAUAUUUGGCAUCCCGGUCACGCGGAUCGAGGUUGCGAUUCAGGCCGCUGUGACCUCACGACCGGCCCAGCUUGGCGAAGGAAAUGAGCCAGUAUACGUCGAGUUGUUCCGCCGAUGCAUCCACUUGGGCCAAGCCCCGUCUGAUUAUGGCCAAAAGCUUCUGAUCGACGUCCUCGAAGCCCUGGGCCAGGCAACAAUAAACAAUACAGCUGGCAUUCGAGAAGCAGCUCAGACCGCACUGAGAGAUUGGGUCGGAUCGGAUCCAACGACCUCGGAUGUUGUCAUCCACGCCAUCAGAAAGAUCGCUGGAGGUUAUACUGCUGGUCAGAAUACGGAGGACAACAUGAAGACAGCUGCUGCUCGAGGGUUGGACGAUGUCCGUUCUGCUACGCCGGAUCCACUAACAGAAACGCUCGUCCAUGGGUCAACAAACACAAAGGCUUAUACACAUAUCAAGACUCCCGUCUAUAUCACCUACGCCCUGCAAAAUGCUUUGGAACAGACUUGGACUUGGCAGAGUUCCAGGCGACCAGAUCCGACAAGCGGCGAAGGGCUCAAUGAGGGAGAGGAGGACAUUCGCAACUUACCCACUGCCUUUCGCGAUCUGAUUCAUCUGGGUCCAAUCCUGACUAGCAAUCCUUCGACGUUCGCUCACUUUCUACUACAAGCUUCCUUCGAAAGAGUCUUCUCCUCCCUCCGAGAUCUACGCCAAGGGGCAAAACGGGACGCACAGAUGUCUGUCAAACCAGAGGACCAGAUCAUGGUGGAUCUGUCGAAUGGCACGGAACCAUCCGAACGAGAUCGUAUAGCGACCAGGAUCGUUAAAGUCGGUUGGAAUGAGAUCAUUUGGCUGUUCCAUAACCUCGCCGCAUCAUUGCGUUUUUGGAAGUGGUCGAGCGCAGAGGGAAGAGCCGGUUCAGAUUGGCAUCAGGAUUGGCCGUACCCAAAUACAGUCGGUCAGUCGCUUAGGAUCAUAAGCGACCGAUAUCGCACCCAAUUAGACGAGCUGGAUGUCGUAUUGAGGGGGUCACAUCACGGCGGGAAUGCAGUGCUAUCCACUUUCGAGAUAGUUUGCUCUACGAUGCGAAAGUCCACUCUUAUUGCUCGCGACGAGCUGUCGACCUUUGGUGUUGGGGAUCUUGCCGAUGGGUUCGACGGUACAGAUAGCGACCGGGCUGUGCAAAGCAUCUUGGAGCGCUAUGCUAUGCUGACCGGCCCACCGGAUUCGCAAUUGGUCUACGAUACAUUGACACGACCUGCGUCUUGGGUAAAGUUGGGCGAAAACGCCUGCACCCAACUCGCCACGUAUUGGGAUACUGCUUCGCCCCUGAUGACAGCUAUGAGCGACAAUUUCCUCUUGCUGCAGCUCGUCUGCGUUUUUUCUUCACCAACCGCUAUAUUGACACACUUAAACGCUGCGAUGACAUCUGAUCAUGUUGCUCCGGCUAUACAAAACGAUCCACAGACGACUCUUACGAACUAUGGCGCUCUAGUCUUCCUUGCGUCUACCGUUUGCUUCAAAUAUGACUUGCCACUACCACCCGCUCUCAGAACAGCGUCUCAAGUUCACCUGGUAGAUGAAUUAUCUACAGAGGAGGAUCUGUGGUUGAAAGGCUGGAUUCAAGCAAUCUUUGGCACAACCGGGAUCAGCGAUGAACUGCUGCAGUCGACCUCGCCUGAAAUGCUUCUCCGUCUUGCAACGACUCUUGUCUCCCAGGCGAUCUCAGCUGCCAUCUCAGAGGUCAUCGACAUUGAGACACUCCACAGCGGACUCAGCUAUUUUUCUCAGCCUUUGCUGAGCUGGUGCUUAGCGGGCAUUAUAGAUUGGCUCUGUUCGGAAAUCCAGCGGCAAGGGCAAGUGGUAUGCUUAUUGGCAACGCGAAUACUGUCCUCUGAUCGUUUCGAUGGCUAUCAGUGUGUUUGCGGCUAUAUAUCUAGACGUUUUGCAGCUUUUGCUAGGAUCAGAGGAGCUACCACAAUCGACUGUGGAGGCAAAUUCUCAUCGAACGUUGGCUCUUUUCGAGAAGGGUAACGGCUUGGAGCUAGUUCUUGAUAGUUCGGAUAUCGAUGCGACAAAGUUGAUCGAGAAGCUUCGGCAUGCACAGAUGUCAAUCGAUAGUCCAGUCUUGAAAUCAUCGGAGACUUGGGAAAGCUGCCUCCGCUUCCGACGGGCCAGCCUGAACGUUCCUCUUCAUCAGGCCAUUCAAAGCCUGGGAAUGCGCCCGGCGUUGGAAAUCCUCGCUCACGAACUGUGCACUAUGCCUUCUGGGGACAAGACGUUUAUCGCGCUAUACUGUGGACUCGCGGAGGAGCCUUGCGCCUUC